AUGAAUGACGGCAACGAGACCAUCCAAAACCAGAUUAACGAUUUUGCACAGACUCUUGUAUCUGAGCAAAGCCUUGAACUUACGAUCGAACAUGUCUAUAACUUUCUUAUACAAUCCGUCAAACACUUGUGCAAUGCCUUCCCAGGAAAGGCCGAUACAAUCCAAGCAGAGCUCAAGAGCAAAUUCAUGGACGUGCAACUCUAUGCAGAGACGUAUUCCUUACAUCUCAGCGAAGCUCAGUCCAGUGCACUUCGGCAAGCGGGUACGCUCACGGCCGUCGCUCAAGUCGAAGCUCCAAAUGGCGACGAAAACACCCGUCCGGAUCAUUGUACCGAUUCAAGCGAGGCACAACGACGUGUGCCGUUCGACCAGCCGAUCGAGAAUCCAAGCAUAACUGAACGCAUCUUGGGGAAUAACACCGAAGACCCUACUCAGGAGGGAGUUGUUUGCGAAAACAAUGAUCGACAGAGCCAGCAAUUGUUCCUUCCGGGGAGUCGUCAAACUCUCAAAGCAUCAGGAAGCCAUGCUUCCUGUCAGCCAUCCUCAGCAGAUAAUCAGAGCCACACCAAUGCUGAGCACCACGACGACGAUGAUCUUCACACGCUAGAGAGGAAUGGCGAUCUACCUACGUCUGUCCAGCAGAAGGUCCGACCUGCAGAUGUCCUGAACGACAUUCAGCCACCUCAGAGCAAGCAGCAGGAUCUCGCCCCGGAGAGCGACCCAGCAGGCUCUUCCUCACAGCCAAAACCACCUGGUCCAGAAGAUGAAAUUCGGUACGAGAUGCAAGAUGACAUAUUGCAACUUCUUCCGACAGAGAAUCAGUAUCGAAACUUCCCCCGUCUCAUUCAACUGGCGAGACAACUGGGUGCACAUCAGACGGGGGCUUUCAAGAUUUUAGUGCCGAAUAGUAGUAUUCGCUAUGCGCUGUCUCCUCCUGAUAGCGACUUCAAGGCCAUGCAAAACUGGUUCUCAAUACAGUCUCGGGACAACGGGACAUUCCAAGUCACGAGAUCAUCACGGAGGGCACGUCUACCCUCUACGUGUGGGGACAAUACAGAUGCCACAACGGACGACUCUGUACGAAGAUUCGAGUCACUCCUUCAAACCCCCGACUGGUUCCAAGAUGUUGAGUAUUGCGUCGACCUCGACGCUAGUUCAGGAGAGGAACGCCGUCGACUUGGUCUCCCGCUAGACUCGCCAAUCUUCCCUUUGGAAGCAUCAUGUUCUCAAUUCCUCCGUCACGACGCCAGCUACAGUCCCAAGUCCUGUCUCGAGGAGUGGGGUGUCUCUUACAAAGUUCUGAGCCAAAAGCCCGGCGAAAUCGUUUACACAUUCGGUCGCGCAUAUCACCAAGGCUUCAGCACUGGCCCAACCAUUGCAGAAGCCGUGAACUUUGCAGAAGAAGACUGGACGGUGGACGGUGAAGGAGAAUUACAGAACGAUCUGGAAGAAGACGAUGAUGAUGGAGAUGAAGGUGACGGCUACGAUGCAGUAGCUGAGAACAGAAAGUGGAAAGAGAAUGGGAUAGGCAAAGGGAAAACCCCAAGCACGAGUAAGAAAAGGAAAUUUGAGAACGAGGCGAUUUCAGAGAGAGAACAGAAGCGAAAGGCCACUGUCCUGAAGCGAAGGGCUACUGUCCUGGUUCGACACGUUGGAGUCCAAGAAGCCGCUUUACCACCAAAAUUCCUCACGCCGGUCGAGAUUCUUAAACAAUUGGCACUGGCACCAGCACCGAUCAAAGAUGAAAAUGUUCAGACCCUAAGCUGGUAUUUCUUCAACAUCGGCAGCCCUCAGGCAUUGCUUAAGCUUCCCGAUGCGACUGGUCACAUAAAUAGGAUUAGCAGCGGACGAAAUUGGCACGAGCUAGUCAAAGAAUUUGGCUACGGUAUACUUGCUUUGGUGCCUAUAUCGGAAGAGAACCCAAAUUCUUCGUUUGAAAGACUCCCAAGACCGGUUAUACAACACCUCAUCGGUUUUCUGAAAGAUCACCGCGGAGAGUUCCUUCGUCAAGUCAGUGAGCUCAUCAACGAUCACUUGCUCAAAAUCAUCAACGGCGAAGAAAAAGAUCGAAAAUACCGUUUCGAGCAGGAAGACUACGACAUCCUGAACAUGACUAUCGAUUCGCCGCAGUUGCUCGAGCUUUGCGGCGUAGAGGAGACAUAA